AUGGACUGGGACGAGCGCGCCCACGCUUCUCACUACGCCGAGUCCCUUUCGUGGGCCAGACGCUUUAACAGCACCAAGGGGCCUCCAAUCGCGACCUGGGUUUCAACAUUUCGCAACAAUCAGCCUUCAGAAGUGGUCGGCGACAAUUGCGGCUCGUUCAAUUGGAGCUGCAUGAUUAGAUUCGACGAUGGGGUUCAAUGGAUGGUGCGGUUUGCAGUGCCUGGCCGGGUGAUGGAUGGCGAUGAGAAAGUCAGCCAUGAGGCUGCUACAAUGCGCUUUGUCAAGGACAAGACAAACAUCCCUGUGCCGUCUGUCAUCGCGUGGGGACUCAGCGAUGAGAAUCCGCUUGGCCUUGGGGCGUUCAUCAUCAUGGAGUUCAUUGAAGGGGAACCUUUGGACAUGAUCUUGAGGCAAGGGACUGGCCCUGAAGAAGCUCAUUCCCUCCGGUUAGACAUCAGUAAUAAGGAACUGGAAACUAUAUACCGCCAAAUUGCGAAUUUCCUGUUGGAGCUUUCUGCACAUGAUUUUCCGCGAAUAGGUUCGCUCUCUGGAGAUGCGGAUUUUAGCAAUGCCAUCAAUUCCAGGCCGUUGACGCUGAAGAUGAAUGAAAUCGAGAGCCACGGGGGCGUUCGCGUUGGUGGCCCUCUUUCCGAGACCUUCUCUUCAGCCACCAGCUAUUUCCAUCAUGUGGCCAUCCAAGACAUGCAGCAUCUGCGCGACCAGCCUAAUUCAGUGGAUGAUAGCGAAGAUGCGCGUCGUAAAUAUCUCCAGAAUGAGAUAUUCACGGCCAUUGUACCCCGUUUUGUUGACAGCAAGUAUGACUAUGGCCCGUUCAAGCUGAUUUGCGACGACUUCCGGUUUGGAAAUAUGCUGGUCAACAACGCACAGGAGCUGAAGAUCGUCGCGGUGCUAGACUGGGAAUGGGCUUAUGCAGCACCGUUCCAGAUGCUGUACUCACCUCCGCGGUGGCUACUCCUGAAGAAACCGUUUGAUUGGGAAGAUGCGGAUGUUUCCAGGUACAACUCGCUUCUUGAGAUUUUUAUGAAAGUGUUGGAGGAGGAGCAGCAGAAAAGAGUCGAAGGUCGCCCGAUGCCUGAUAUGGCGGCCCUCAUGCGCGAGUCCAUGGAGGACGGGAAAUUCUGGUUUCAUGAGUUGAUAUACUCCUGCUUCGAAGCGCCCGACAGCCCGGCUUGGAAUGCUAUUCGACAGCUUCUACCUUCGAUCGAUGAACUCGCGACAGUUGCCGACCAUGACGUUGAACUGUUUGUCAGCAGCAAGAUGGAGCAGCUCAACCAGUAUAAUGAGGAAUGGGCGGCAAUGAAAGAGGAGCUUGAUAAAAAGGAAGCGGAUUUCCAAGCGCUAAAGGCGAGAGUAGAGGAGGAUGCAGUUUAG